AUGUCAGAUUAUACAGUGAGUGCAAUAUUUGAUAAUGAUCAUGGUUCUUUGAGUGGGUUACCAUUGGAUAUUAGUAGCAUCCAUUUUUCAAAUCAAAUAUUAUUACAAAUCAGAUUAAAUGGAGAAAUGGAUUCUACCUACGAGGUUACGAGAAGGGGAUUGAAUACUUUAGAUCAGGGAGUAAGCCGACCAAUUGCCGGGUUUGCUACCUUACUACCGGAGGAACAAGAUGAUGAUGAUGAUGACUAUUCUUAUAAUGCAGACGUAAUGAGAGAUAAUUUGGCAGAUUUUCAAGUCCUUACAAAACUUGGAGAUUCCACAGAUCAUAAAAUGCCUGUGAUAUGUACACAAAUUGGCGAAUUAUAUCAAUCUGUUAUAAUGCCAAUGUUAAGAAAGAACGGUAAAAAUAAUGAAUUAGCAUGUGACGGAUCUAGUUUACUUAUUACAAUGAGUACUAAAAUCUUUCGUCAAACAAUAAAACUGGAUCAAGAUUCUGGUAAUGAUCUUGACUUUGCGAAGUUAGUGUUCAUUCUUAAAACGAUUAAAGAAAUGUAUAUUUCUUAA